UGCAGCCAAAUUCUUCACCUAAAUCUUUGAAUAUUUAUGCACUUGCACAUACCCCACCACUUUUACAGUGGGAUAAUCUAAAUAUUAAAAAGUGAAAGGUUUUUCAUUUAAAAAACAAAAUACUAAACUUGUCUUCCCCUUAGAAAAAUUAGAAACUGCAAUUGCCUAGGCACAUUCUGCAAGCAGUCCCUAUAUACACAAGAGUCCUAUGAUAACUUUUAUAGAGUUAACAAGUUUUUCUUUUUUCUUUUUUAUGAAACCCUUUUCUUGAUAUUUUCUUUUUCAUGUUUUCUUGAAUCCUUCUCCUUUUUUUUUAAAUGACACUACUGCAACUUGCAGCAUGAUAUUUUACAGCCACCUUUGUUUCUACUCCACCAUUCUUAUUCAUCCAUCUGUUGUGUAAUCUAAGCCUGUUGGAUCAGUAACAGGCAGUGGUUACUCUCGCCAUGAAAGAAGGUGCAGGUGUAUGUGCUUCAGUUAAUGAGGCUGCACAAAGUAGUUUCAGGCAAGCUCACCAUUUAUUCAGUUGUAUUUCUGAUCAUAAAAACCAAAAAAGAAGCAUUCAAGAAGUGAGUCUGAUUGCUCAAGGUGCAAUAAAAGAAUUCAAUAAUCUACUCACUCUUCUUGAUGAAUCAACAAAGUCUAAUCCUAAAAGAAUUAGGAAAGGUCCUUUGCCACUUUUCCAAUAUGACAUUAACCCACUUGUAUUCAUGGAUAAUAGUCUUAGUCAACAACCUCAGAAAGUCAAACAGCUGUUCCCUUUUCACAGUCUUCAUCAAUCAACCAAUUCAAUGAUGAUCCCUACAAAUAGUUCCAAGAACAGAAGUCUUAAGCCAAAAAGCUCUUCUUUUUUAAGCUUGGAAUAUGGAAAUGUCGUGCACAAGCCAUUUGUACUUCAUUGCUCAUCAUCUGAAACCAGUGCGUUCUCCAAAAGCAAGAAUGGGAGGAAGAGUGAAGAGGCAGGAACUAGGUGCCUAGCCUCAACUGGUGGAUGUCACUGUUCAAAGCGAAGGAAACUGAGAAUCAAGAAAAUAGUUCAAGUGCCAGCUUUAAGUGGCAAGUUAGCUGAUAUACCACCAGAUGAUUAUACUUGGAGAAAAUAUGGACAGAAACCCAUAAAGGGAUCUCCUUAUCCCAGGAGCUAUUACAAAUGUAGCAGCAUGAGGGGUUGCCCUGCAAGAAAGCAUGUGGAAAGAUGUUUACAGGAUCCUAGUAUGUUACUUGUAACCUAUGAAGGGGACCAUAGUCACUCCAACCUUACAUUUCAAUCACCUAACAUCAUUCUUCAGGUUUAAUAACAAACUCAAAGGAAAAGCAGAAAUAGAAACCUUUUCUAUCAGUUUAUCAUGUUAGUCAAUCCUUUCUUAUUUUCAUCUUGAGAAAAAAAAAAUAAAUGCUUCUCUCUUUUAUAUAAAAAAAAUAACAAUAUAAUUUUUUUUAAGCAUACAAUAAUAACAAAAUUUGCAUGUGCAAGUACAAGUGUGUAUAUGUUGUUCUAGCAGUGCGCUAAAUCAAUUCUAAUUUGCUAUUCUAA